UACAAAUCUUGAGUGGUCACUUCCUCGUUUAACACCUAGAGGAAGUUCGUUUUCCUUACGGUGAAAUUGCGAGGAUCUUUCCUGGUGGACCACACUUGCAAGUUCAAAUGUGUUCUACUUCUACACGUUUUGGGCGCCCGAAAAAUCCUAGAAACCAGCAAGAAUGAAGAAAACUUGACCAGAAGAAGCAAAUUGCAACAUAGAAGAAAAAAAAAAAAACCAUGUCUCUCGAGUUUGUAACAGUGGUGUUUUUUCUGGCAACAACAAUAGUAGCGAGUGAUGACACCAGUUUCACCUAUAAUGGGUUCCAAUCAUCUCGUUUGCAUCUUGAUGGCAGUGCUGUGUUCACCACCAAUGGCAUGCUUAAACUCACCAAUCACACCAUGCAGCAAAAGGGUCAUGCUUUCUUCGCAAAUCCAAUUGUCUUCAAGAACACCCCAAAUGGGAGUGUUCCUUCUUUCUCCACCAGUUUUGUGUUUGCCAUAAGAUCUGAGUACCCCAAUUUGAGUGGUCAUGGGAUUGUUUUUGUGGUUUCUCCAACAAAGGAGUUUCAACAUUCCCUACCAAGCCAGUACCUUGGCCUCUUCAAUGAGACCAACAUUGGCAGCAACAACAACCAUGUCUUUGGGGUGGAACUUGACACCAUUCUGAACACCGAGUUCGGUGAUAUCAAUGACAACCAUGUUGGAAUUGAUGUCAAUGAUUUGAAGUCGGUUAAAUCGGCUGCUGCAGGGUAUUACAUCAAUGGGGGGUUCAAGAAUUUGAGCCUCAUCAGUGGCUACCCAAUGCAAGUGUGGGUGGAAUAUGAUGGCCAAAAGAAGAAAAUUGACGUUACUUUAGCUCCAAUCGACGUUGAUAAACCGGAAAGCCCUUUGUUGUCAUUGAGCAAAGAUCUUUCUCCAAUUCUCAACACUAGCAUGUAUGUUGGAUUCUCAUCCUCAACCGGGUCAAUUCUAAGUUCUCAUUAUGUUUUGGGUUGGAGCUUUAAGGUGAAUGGCCAGGCUCAAAAACUUGCAAUCUCUGAACUCCCCAAGCUACCGACACUAGGUGGCAAAGAAAAAUCCAAGAUUCUCUCUGUUGGGUUGCCUUUGAUAUUACUCAGUUUGAUUCUCACGGUGGCUCUAGCAGUGGUUCGUGUCAUCAAGAGGAAGAAGUUUGCGGAGCUGCUUGAAGAUUGGGAGCAAGACUAUGGUCCUCACAGGUUCAAGUACAAGGAUCUUAGUGUGGCAACAAAGGGGUUCAGGGAGAAGGAGCUUUUGGGGAGUGGCGGAUUUGGUAGAGUCUACAAAGGUGUGAUGCCAAUUUCAAAAAUUGAGGUUGCAGUGAAGAAGGUGUCACAUGAGUCAAGACAAGGGAUGAGGGAAUUUGUGGCAGAAAUUGUUAGCAUUGGCCGUCUUAGGCACAGGAAUUUGGUUCCUCUUCUGGGGUAUUGCAGGCGUGAAGGAGAGUUACUAUUGGUCUAUGACUACAUGCCAAAUGGAAGCCUUGACAAGUAUCUCUAUAAUAAACCAAGAGUGACCUUAAAUUGGAGCCAAAGGUUUAGAAUCACCAAAGGGGUUGCUUCUGGUCUGUUUUAUCUACAUGAGGGGUGGGAGCAAGUUGUGGUCCACAGAGACAUUAAGGCUAGUAAUGUGCUACUUGAUGCAGAAUUGAAUGGAAGAUUAGGGGACUUUGGUCUUUCAAGGUUGUAUGAUCAUGGAACUGAUCCUCACACUACUCAUGUGGUUGGAACUUUGGGGUAUCUUGCACCUGAACAUACCAGAACAGGUAAGGCCAGUACAAGCUCUGAUGUGUUUGCUUUUGGUGCAUUUAUGCUAGAGGUUGUGUGUGGAAGGAGGCCAAUAGAGCAAAUAGGGGAAUCAGGGAAUGAGAUUCUAGUUGAUUGGGUGUACAAUUGUUGGAAAAGGGGUGAGAUUGUUGAGGCAAGGGAUCAAAACUUGGGCACAAAUUAUAGGCCAGAGGAGGUGGAAUUGGUGUUGAAACUUGCUUUGUUGUGCUCACAUUCUGAGCCUUUGGCUAGGCCAAGCAUGCGCCAAGUUGUGCAAUACUUGGAGAGGGAAGUGCCUUUGCCUGAUUUGUCUUUGCUUAGCUUAACUUCCACUGGAUUGAAUUUUGGACUGCAUAAUGAAGACUUUCAGGAUUGUCCUAUGUCUUAUCCUUCUUCUAUGGAUAGGCCACACUCUCACACUUCUUCAAUUGCUGAAUCACUUCUCUCUGGGGGUCGUUGAUUGUAGAAGAGACAAGUGAAAUGUGCAUGCAUGAUCAGUUUCAUUGUGUUUGAUUUCAUCUUAUUCUUAAUUGGUCUAUUUGUUAUUUUAUUUUUUGUAUUAUAUACUACAAUGAAAUGGAUUUUCGAAAAUAGAAAAGAACAUAAACAAUAUUCGGUGUCUUGAUUCAUUGUUUUAUUUUACCUAUUUAAUUGUUAUGGAUCUGUUGUUUGA